AUGUCUCGUCUAACGCAGCUGUUUGUUGCUCUUUUCAUUGUGUGUGCCAGCGCUGCCAAGCCUCUUGGUCGUGAGGUUUGUGUGGCUUCUUGCUACUACUCCCUUCUCAAGAUUAAGUAUGCUGGGGCAAACGCCAAAGCAGAGGCUGCGUGUACGAAUCCUCUGCGAGUAAAAUCAACGUACUACUGUAUGAGGCUUCACUGUGAAGAGGAUGAUAUCAGUCCCGGCAUUGAUUGGUGGGCAGCGACGUGUAAGAACUCGACAAAGGUUGUCAACCAAAAAGCCUACAAGUCAACAUCUAGCAAUGCUACGGAUUCCUACCUUGCUAGUUUACCUACCGUUAAACAGAACCAGAAAAAUGUCUUGGACACCCCUGCUGUUCCAUCAGCGGACAACUGGGAAGUUGUGUAUCGCACGGUAUAUACAUAUAGUGCCAUGCGAGACUACCACAACGCAGUCAGAUGGAUACCGUACGGAUUUUGGGCGAUUGUGCUACUCGCCGGGAUGUUGAGUAGAGCAUGGUCGUUUAUUCCAUCGAAAACCUUCGGCACCGCAGUCUCAAGCGACGAAGCCGCUUCGAACGGAUCAGGAAUUCCAGAAAAGCUUAAGCGGUUGAUCAAAUUUGAUCUGCUGCUCUCGCCGACUUUUGCAUACCGACAUCAUCAGCCAUGGGGAUGGUUCACUGUUCCCACAAGACUUCAGUCACUGACAAUCCUGUCCUACAUUGCCCUGCACAUUAUACUAAGUGCGGUGCACUACCCCAUAUACGACGAGAGUUACUACUAUUCUAGCAGGAGAGUUCAAGCCCUGCGAUAUUUUUCGGAUAGGCUAGGCGGGUUGAUGUCAAGCACUUUGCCUUGGCUUUUCCUCUUCGGCGCGAGAUCCAACCCCUUUUCACUUUUAACAGGUUGGAGCUAUAGAACUUUCAGCUUAUUUCAUCGAUGGAUAGCUAUUGUUCUAUUGGUUGAGGCUCUCAUACAUGGAAUCGCCUUCUCUGCGUUUUAUGUCAACGAUAAGGGUUGGGAGACGUACAGGGAGAACUUGAAAAGUGACGAGAAAUUUGUUUUUGGAAUUAUGGCAACAACAUCUUUAGGCCUAGCUGCAGGAUUUGCUUUUUCUGAAAUUAGGAAACGUGCAUACGAAUUGUUUAAAGCGACUCAUAUUGUUCUCGCUGUAAUCUUCCUGGCAGCAAUCUAUGAACACGUCAAGGACCAGUUUUCAGGAGUCUACAAAGUUUGGGUUUGGGUUUGUGUAGCAGUCUGGGGCUUUGACUACGUUUGCCGGAUUGCACGAAUAUUGCACAUGAACUACAAGGCACUCAUCGGAGAUAAUACGCCUGCCGUAGCAAGUUACAGCGAGGAGACAGGCAUGAUUAGAUUGCAAGUCUAUCCGUCGACAAGUUCAAAAAGACAAACGCCAGGACAGUAUUACUUUCUUUAUUUUGGCGGCUUCCGUUUCUGGCAGAGUCAUCCGUUCAGCCUCGCAGGCCGUUCCAUUGAACAGAGGGUGCCGAUGCUGCAGCUACACAAUGACGAAAGGAAAUCCCCAAAUAUCUCGAGUCAAGUUAUCGAGUCAGAAACUCAUUUAGGAAAGCCGUAUCUCACAUUUCUCAUCCGCCCCCGCGAUGGUAUGACAAGAGAGUUGCGAGAUAUUGUGGCGAAGAAGAAUGCCUCUGCUCGCCUGGGAGUCAUCCUGGAGGGACCUUACGGAUCGUCAGUGGAUAUUAGCAGAUUCAAAAACGUUCUUUUUGUGGCUGGGGGAAGUGGAAUCACAGCUAUUUUGCCUUACAUUCGGAGAAUCUUCGAGGACCGAGAAGAUGGCGUUGACAUUCCCGACACUAAACUUGUCUGGGCUGUCCGACAUGAAGGUUUUGCUCGUGACGUACUGGCAAAUGAUCUUCAAGCUACUGAAGCUUCACCUGCGGCCGAAGCAAAGCUAUUGCUACAAUUCUUUGUGUCUUCAGGCUUAGAUGGGUCUGAAACAGCUUCCAGCACGGAUACAAAUGGCCACUAUUUACCUGACACAAGGUUCAGGCAUGGUAGACCGAAUGUUGUGUCAAUGGUGCAGGGCUUCGUAAACGAAGCUCAGAGCCCAAUGGCGGUGUUUGUUUGUGGCCCGAGUAAAAUGGCCGAUGACACUCGGUCCGCCGUCAUUGAGCACGGAAAGAGAAGUUGUAAGACCGUAGAGUUAUUUGAAGAAAUGUAUGGAUGGUAG